AAACAUUGAACUAAAUGGAUGACGUGUAUGUUAGGGUCCUUCGGACUUCCGGGUGUGUAAACAGAUCGCAAACGGUGUCGCCUCUCCCAAAAGAUGUCUAAAGUAACGUUUAAAAUCACCCUGACGUCGGACCCCCGGCUUCCAUACAAAGUACUAAGUGUCCCAGAAAGCACACCAUUCACAGCAGUUUUGAAGUUUGCAGCUGAGGAGUUCAAAGUGCCAUCAGCAACCAGUGCGAUAAUAACAAAUGAUGGAAUAGGAAUCAAUCCUGCCCAGACAGCAGGAAAUGUGUUUCUUAAACACGGCUCAGAGCUUCGCAUCAUUCCCAGAGACAGAGUGGGAGGACAAGAAGACUGAUGCUGCUUUUCCUCGCUGACGACAUAAUGACUCACCCGGCAGAAUCAUAUAACACUUGAGACCCAGGAAACACCUAAGUGUGUGUCAUAUUUAUUUUCUGGCCCACAACUGACAGUGACUCACAAGAGAAUAUGUAUAUUUAAACUUGAUGGUGAAAUGCACACAAACUUGCAUGCUCCCUGCUUCUUCGUUCUCAGUUAUUUUCUUCAAUAAGUGUCGUCGCAUCAAAGGAUUGGUGUGACGGCUAGAGUUCCCAGAAGUACUGAGUCAUUAAUAGACACAAACACAACAGAGGCAUCAUGGAAAAUAUUUAGCUAAGAUUAAUAAACUGAUUCAACAGUUUUUGCUUUUGUAUCUUUGUAAAUGACAAUAAAUCAGUAUAACUAACAAAAACACAUGCAUAUAUGGCAAUGUUUACUUUUGUAUUCAUCAGCAUUGUGAAUAUGGUAAUAUGAGAGGUUGCAUUAUAUGUAAAACAUGCUUUGAAGGACCAUUGUCGUUAUAUUAGGUGGCUGUUGAUGUGCAGGUAAAUUGUCUGUAUGAUGAUAUACAUUAUUCUUUGUCAGGCUAUUGUCCUUUAUCCCCAAACACAAGAUAAAUAAACUUACAUCAUGGGUCUGUACUUAACUUGUAUGGUGGACCAGCUCCUUCCAUAACUCAAGGAACAUUUACUUUUUAGCUAAUGUAGGACAUGUUCAUCUGUCAAUCGCUGCGGGCACGUGGAUCUUUGCUGCCCUCUGUCUCUGUAUUUCAAGCUAUGUAUUAUGCCUCGUUGCACAAUAAAUAUAAAAAGACUACAUUGAGUAAUCGAGAGAAUAGUAGAACUGUUUAAUGUGCACUGCUAGCAUAAUUAGGAGCUGAGGAGCAGGUGGUGAGAAAACAAGGCAGGCAUCUUAUUUGAUUUUGAUUUGAUUUAAAUGCGGAGGCCCCAGAAUGUGUCCCAAUGGCUUAUCAAUAGCUAACAAUCCCACACCACCAAAAACAUGGAUUUUCAUCUGGAAAUAAAUUCACUGUUUACUUGCG